ACGAUUUUUUUUAAAAGUACGACCGUAUGAAUCGAAGCCAAUUCGAAAAAUUACUCGAUGUUAAAAAAAUACAACGAAUUGCAUUUUAUAGUUUGAAAUUAGAAUACGAUGAAUAUAGCCACGUAUUAUUUUGUGUUUUUAACAGUUUUAUAUAGUGUGUCUAGUGCAACGAUAAAAUCUGUGCAUUUAGAAGAGGGGUUAUUACAAGAAAAUAGUUCCAGUUCAUUGGAAGUCUACCACGAGGCAGAUACCUUUGCGCAUCAAAGGAUGGCACGUCACAUUGAACUAGAAUCGCCAUCCGUAAACAAUUUAGUUCAAAUUAUGAGUAGCGACUUAACUACACAUGAGAAAGACAGAAAACACAAGUUCGUCAGAACGGUGUUUAAAAAGUUAAUGGAGAAAAUUGAAGCUGGCGUCAACAGUCCGAAAGAUGAUGAUUUGACUUCGUCGUCUAAUCGCAGCACUGCAGAGGAAAACACAAAAAAACGCAUGAAAAACUUCCGAAAGCUGAUGUAUCGAAUGGUUCGUAGAUGGCCGAAUUCUAACAGAAGAAUAUAUGCGCACAGAAGGACUUAAGUGAAAAGGUCAUAAGUUCUAUGAGAAUAAAGUCUUUUAAAACUGCAAUAUCUUUCUUCGAUUCAAAUUAAAGAUAAACAUUUAAGAAGACAUAUAAGAAGAAUAAAUAAAUUCCUUUGAAGAUAUUUUCCAUUUAGCAUUCAUGACAC